GGUCCCUCUCGUUAUCCAACAUGGCAGGCGAAGGAACCCAGAAGUGUACUCAUGUUAUUUUUGACUUGGAUGGCUUAAUGCUUGGUAAGUCUGGCAGGGGAAUCGGUGAACUUCAGUCUAGUUUCCUUUUAAGGCAAAUGAAGUUCAGUCGAAGCUGUUACGACAAGGAGACGGUCGGUUCCGCUAUCUGAAAGAGAUAAGUUUGUGUCCUAUGUAAGGGCCAAGUCGCACUAGAGGACAAAACUGUUUAUUUAUGUCAAAAAUCUGUCAUCACAAUGAAAAACCAAGUGCGACCGGUUUGUUCACCAAAGGACAAAAUUUGGUCGCAGACGGACAAACUCCAAAGAUGCCGUCGACUACCUCUGGAGCAGGCCAAAUUGAGACAAAUUUUGGAAAACAAUAGCGAGUGUGUUUUAAUUCGGAAAUGAUUUGACAGGUGAUAUGUAGCAGAGUCUCUAUGCUAUAAACUUCGUUGUAAAAUUAAUCACGUUCACAUUUCGCAACAACAUGAAUCCCGGCGCGGGCGACCAAUUUUUUCCGUACGAAUAUCCACAAUAUCCACCAGGAUGGAUCUAUCCUUUGGCAGGCCCUUACAUGUUUAAUGAUCGAGGAAAUCCCAGCCCAUUUCCUUCGACCACGAGUACUGACUCGUUGCCAGAAUCCCUCCAGUUCAGCGAAGAUAGCUCAAUGCCGGCAUCAACCCCAUCUUCUUCGCGUCGUGCAUCUUCGUCAGCCGAGAACAAGAAGGCUCAGGACAGAUGGAGUAAAGAAGAGGAGAAGCUUUUAGUUCAACUGUGGGCUGAAAUCACAAGGCGCUCACAGCAUGGUGUUGUGUUUUGUUCACAGAUUUUGUUCUUAAGUGCGACUGUAGCUGUCCAGACAAAUUUUUUGUCACUGGCCGAUUUCAAGUCGAAUUUGUCCAGAACAAAUGUAAAAUUGCCCUCUAGUGCGACUUGGCCCUAACUUGCUCGCGCUGGACGCGUGACCUUAUUGAGAAUAAAGAAAAAAAGGGCUAUUUUCGCGAUUUCAGAAAUUCGGUUCCAGCGAACAACGUUUACCACAAAAGUAGUGACGCAGAAUUUAAUACCCUGAGGGGAAACCUUUUAAAUGGUAACUUAUGCACCUAUCAAUGGUUUGCCCCAGGAUGGGGGGCAGGGCAACCCACGGGAAAUUUGACAUUUUUAGGUGUGUUAGCCAGUGAAUACAGCCACCUUUCAUCAUUCCCAUCUGUUGUUAAAGAUCCCCAUAGGCUGGAUAUAGUCUGUCAAUGUUAUUAAUAAUAUUUUCUGUUUAUGUCAUUUUUUAUUGGGCAAAUCUAAUUUGCAGCCAUACCUAAUGUUUAUAUUAUCUUGCCUUUUUGUAAAAUUUUAGAUACUGAAAUUAUCUACACAAGAGUAACUCAGGAAUUAUUAAAUCCCUAUGGCAAGGUGUUUGAUUGGUCUGUUAAAUCCAAGAUGAUGGGGCGUAGCACUCAAGAGGCAGCCCGAGUGUUGUUGGAAGAGCUUCAGCUGCCCUUAAGUACAGAUGAACUUAUAAAAAUGAGUCAAGAAAAGCUUUUUGAGCAGUUUCCAUCAGCCACUCUUCUACCUGGUAAGAAUUUGAGUUAGAUGGGAGGGGUGAGAGUAAUUAGGGUAAGGUGAACUGAAUCAGGGAAAUACACUAACAACACUGUUAAGUGUGGCAUAUAAGCUCCUUCCCCCACACUUAUAAACCCCCUCAGUUACAUAGGUCCAAUUUGCUUUCACUGAGAAAAUUGUUACUCUUCUACCCACUUAUAAGCCAUUCCCCACUCCAAACAUGACUUGGCCUCCCCUGAAAAAUGCAUUCAAGGGAAGCUAGGAAAUAUUAUCAGCUGAAAGUAACUUUCCCAUGAAUUAACUCUUUAAGCCUCAAUAUCCACAUACAAAUUCUCCAUUUUGAUCUUCUUAUAUUUCUUUGAAGAACUAGUUAGAUAAUUUGUUUUGGGAGAGCAAAGGUGAAGCAGUGGUGAGAGCGCUCUCCUUCCACCAUUGUGGUGCAGGUUAGAAUCCUGGUGUCGACAACAUAUGUGGGUCGAGUUUGUUGUUGGUUCUCUCCCUUGCUCUGAAAGGUUUUUCUCCAGCUGCUGUGAUCUGGAACGCAUGAACACGUUCCAGCGAGUUCUCAUGAACUCCUAAGUGCUCCAUGGGUAAACAAAUUACAAUUUUUUAACAAAGCAUUUUCACAUAAGUGAUCAAUUUAUUAAUUCUUGUAAUAUUUUCUCUUGAUUAUGUAUUGAUAUGGUUAACUGGAUCUUUCCAUAUGCUAACGUCCCAUGUUGUAAAUUAACAGUUUUAGAGCUACAGAGCUUGUGGUUGUGUGGGCUUUGGUGUAUUAUGCCACUUUCCUUUUUUUAUUUUAGGUGUAGAAAAGCUCAUCCAUCACUUCCACAGGCACAACAUUCCCAUGGCAGUCGCUACAGGAUCAGGAACACAAGCAUAUGACAGAAAAAUAUCAAACCACAAACACCUCUUCCAACUUAUUUCCCAUGUUGUCAAAUCUGAUGAUCCGGAACUUCAACAGUGUAAACCAGCGCCGGACAUUUUUCUACUGGCUAGCGCUCGAUUUCCCACACAACCUACCUCACCAGAUCACGUGCUUGUGUUUGAAGACGCACCAAACGGUGUGACGGCAGCACGUGCUGCUGGAAUGAACGUUGUCAUGGUACCGGACAAGAACAUGGAUAAGGCAAAAUGUGCGAAUGCUAGUGUGGUGUUAAAGUCUCUCGAAGAGUUUGAUCCUGGUGAAUGGGGAUUUCCUCCAUUUUAAUAAAUACGAACACCUAAAUUCCAGUAACCUUUUUAAAAAUAUCCAAAGUGAAGAGGGAAGCCUAUUUUAGGGCAAAAUAACAAUAUGGGAAUCUAUUAAACAUCAAACUACAGAUUCGCUAUGAUCGAUCUGUCUGGGCAAAUGUGAUAUCCGUGAUGUUUAGUAGAAAAAUAAGGUCAAGUAGAAAACAAAAAAGCAAACAAAUGUUUCUUGUUCCCGCUCGCUUCAUUUUGUGGAGGCCGCCUUUCUUUUAUUAACCAACAAGCGUUACUUUUAACACCAACUAUUCUACAAUCCUACGAAACAGACCUUACUUUUCAUAAAACAAAGCAUUUAUUAAUUACCGAGUCCUAUAUUGACGUUUUUAAUUUUCCCUACCUACUGAGAUGUAUCGUAUUUGUGUUUAUUUAUUCAUAUUAGACCGACGAACUCAGUCCAACUUAUCACUGGAAAGGGUAAU